CGCGGACCCGUGAGGUUCUGUGGUUUGUGUCCGCAAUCUUGUGUGUUUGGAUUUCUCUCGAGGUCUCUACUGGUAUGAGUGCCUUUCCGUAGUUACUAGCUUUAAGGACGGCGAUGCCCCCACCAGUGACGGGCGACCCAGAGAGUGAGUCCGUCAUUCAGAGAGCUUCCCCCACCUCUACUUCACCAGGGAUGACUAUUACCCCCUCCCCACCACACUCGGCGCCUGCCACCCCUCUAGUCCUGCCUUGGGGACAGCGCUCUGAUGUACCAGUGCCUUAUCUAGCCCCUACACUACCAUUACCGUACUUCUGGCCAUCCAUUUUCGCGUCACCCUCCAGGCUGUACCUACCCCCAUGGGCGUCAACCCUUCCAGAGGACCUCAGCCCCGACAGGGCGGGCUCCGACACAGGGUACACGCCCGAGAAAGCGAAGACAGAUGAGGAUAUGCCCCUCAACCUGUGUAUCAAGCCCCGCCGACCCCUGGAGAUAUGGUCACCGGCGACUCAGUGUGAAAAAGAGGAGACACCCCAGCCUCAGCAACCUGCGACCUCCACAGUAUCUCCGGCCGAGAGGACAUUUCAGUGCAAACAGUGUGGAAAAAAGUUCAAGAGAUCGUCAACGUUGACAACACAUCUGCUGAUACACUCGGAUACGCGGCCCUACCCUUGUCAGUUCUGUGGGAAGAGGUUCCACCAGAAGUCCGACAUGAAGAAACACACCUACAUACACACAGGCGAGAAGCCCCACAAGUGUGUUGUAUGUGGCAAGGCUUUCAGUCAAUCCUCCAACCUCAUCACGCAUAUGCGCAAACACACAGGAUACAAGCCCUUCUCCUGUGGCUUAUGCGAGAAGGCGUUCCAGAGGAAGGUGGACCUUCGCAGACACCGGGAGAGUCAACACCCUGGGUAUCCUCCCCAGCAGACCCUAGUCUCCAGCAGCAGUCAGUCACCGGUCCAUCAGGAGGUCAAGAUAGAACCUGUCAACUUACCUGCCAGAGCACAACAGUACUUCUGUACCUCCUAGUAGGGAUUUCACUCUUAAAAGUAUCUGUAAGGAACCAUUUUCCCUUAUUCUGUACCGUCGGAAGAUUAAAUAGGAGAUCGGAGGGACUCUGAAAAGUAUUUUUCAGAAACUCUUUUCCUGUGUAUCGUCAUCAAUACUUCUGUACCUCCUAAGAGAAGAUGGAGGGAAAGUACCUGGGUGGAACUCUUUACCACAUUUUGUACGUUCUACUGGAAGAUGGAAGUAAAAGAUUGCAAGGACUUUGAAAGCAUAUAGGAACUAUUUUCUUUCCUCUGUACCUCAAGUAGAAGAUGGAAAAGGAGAUUACAACUGCUUUGAAAAGUAUUUAUAAGGAGCUGUUUUCUUUCUUCUGUACAUCCAGUAGAAGAUUGAAAAGGAGAGUGCAAAGACUUUAAAAAGUACUUAUUAGGGACUAAUUUCCUUCUGUAUUGUCAUCAUGUCGAAACUAGUUAUUUGUUCCUUAUUUAAUAAUCUCACAACUGUUAUGAACUUUUAAAGUUCCAUUUGAUGUUUCAUACGUUGGAAAUUGACUGUGACGAGUCAUUCAGUGUUUUAAGUGUUUACCAAACCUUUAUUGAACGAAUUUAAACCCUACGAAAAUUAAAGUGUCUCAAAGUACCGCUAUACUUGUAAUGAACUUAAAAGUUUAAUUGUAAUCCAACAUCCUGAUUACUCAAAAUAGUGAAACAAAUUUGUUAACAGAAUCACUUAUAGCCUCUACACGUGUAUUUGUUACCUGUAAAAAAACAACAGUUAUGUAAAAACCGUGAAUUUAGUGUGCAUUCCGUUUUAUAGUUAAGAAAUGUAAUAUCCGUGUAGUUCGUCAGUUACCUUUGAAUAGUUGAAGUCUGGAUAAGUUGUUAAAUUUACUUAUUUAUAUUAAACGUGCAUUAAGUAAAAUCCUUAAAGGAUUCUAAGAUUUUGCUUUAAAUAUGCCAUUGUUGACUAACAAUACUAGCUUUAUUUUUUGAGCAGUUACUUGGUAAACGCUUAUAAUUUUACUUAUAAAAUAUUAAUUAAAAGUCCGUCCAUGUGUGGCCUAUGACCAAAGCUCAAUGAGUUUCCUAAAGUCGAACUUGUUUAGAUUGUGGCUAAUGUUAAGCAUUCACUGCCUAAAAUCUUAAAAUAACUCGACUGUAGAUAGUUGCCAUACUGUUAAGUUAGGUGUAUAACAAUGUCUAGUCCAAACUAUCACAACUAGUUGUUGACUAGUCGGAGAGCUUGGGGUCAGUUUAAAUAAAUAAAAAAGUUUCGUGAUAAAUAUAACUACUCAAGAUAAAUGUGCACUAAUUGACUUUUGAUUUUUUAUUUUGUACUUGGGUGAGUUUUUUCUCUUGAAGAU